AUGGAGGUUGAUGACGCCAACAUUGUGGUUAGCGACAACUCCGGUAGUAGUACCACCAAUAACGAUGACAAUUCUGUGGCCAACAUCGCUGCCGAUGGCGAUGUUAUCAUGGUCGUUGGUCCAGAAAAGAAAGAAUUUCGACUCCAUUCCUUCUUUUUGAAGACUACUUCUAAGGUCUUCAGAGCCAUGCUGGGUCCCAAUUUCGCCGAGGGUCAGCAUCUCAACGCUAAUCAGGCUAAAAGCAAUCGUGCGCCGGUCAAGAUUGACCUCCCAGAAGACGACGUCAAGAGCAUGUGUUUUAUCGUCAGAGCCAUUCAUCAUCAUUUUGACGCCUUCCAUAACGCCAAGAACAUUCCUUUCUUCGAAAUCCUGGUCGCCGCCGAGAAAUAUGACCUGAUUCAUGCUAUCAAGCACGCAUUUCAUCAUGCGUUAGCUGCCGCUUUUGGAAAAGAAGACACCCUGAAGAAGAUGCUGGGCGUGAAGCUCUGGAAAUUCACCAUGGCUGCAGCUUUCGUCAAGGACGCUACUGCCUUUAACACUGCUACGCGCAUUUUUGUUCUGCACUGGGAACAUGGAUUCCUCGAUUUUGCCAAGCAGUGGUACUUCAACGAGGUGUUUGCAUUCCACGUAUGCGGCCGGCCGAGACUCGAGAUCAAGUACAAUAUUGGGGUGUCCGACCCCUACCACUUCAUUGAAAGCAGUGUGAGUCGUCAGCUAGACCUCAUUGAAGACUGCGUCGAAUAUCGGAAAGGUGGAAGACACGCCGACGAUGAAGACAAAUACUGGAUGGAUACUCUAAAGGAAGAUGCAGGAUUGCACCUGGCUCUUUUCAUCUGA